AAAAAGUUAAAUUCAAGAAUAGUUGGAAAGAGGGUUAUUUUUAUUUUUUUUGUAUAUGUUGUUGAAAUGGUCAUCGUUUUUCACUCCACACAAUAAGGUUUUACAUCCACAAAUUACGGCAAGGAUUUCCCAUCCUUUGCUUAAUAUUUUGAGGUCUCUAAUCACUUGCCAACCAUUUACCAUAGCAAUCAAAUACGUUAUAAUCUGAUUUAAAUUACUUUGCUAAGACAUAUCAAAGACUUUAUUCAAUCCUCAUUUGUCUGAGGUGCAAGGUAAUGUGUGCUGUUCUCUCUUGUUGAACUUCUCUUUAAUCCUCUGAUCUUGGAUUAAGGGAAAAACAGAAACACCAGCCAGAAAAUUCCCGAGCCUUGUUUUGCAUCAUUCUUGAGGAGGAAAGCCAAAAUGUCAUUCACAGGAACUCUUGAUAAAUGCAAGGCUUGUGAUAAGACUGUUUAUGUGGUUGACUUGUUAACUCUUGAAGGUACACCUUACCAUAAGAACUGCUUCCGAUGCAGUCACUGCAAGGGAUACCUCACGAUGAGCACAUACUCUUCAAUGGACGGUGUCCUCUACUGCAAGCCACACUUUGAACAGCUUUUCAAGGAAUCUGGCAAUUUCAGCAAGAACUUUCAGACAGCAAGGUCUUCUGAAAAACAAAAUGAGAUGAAUAAGACCCCCAACCGACUCUCGUCCAUGUUCAGUGGAACUCUAGACAAAUGUUCAGUUUGCUCAAAAACAGUCUAUCCUCUGGAAAAGAUGACACUGGAAGGGGAAUGCUAUCACAAGACUUGCUUUAGGUGUGCUCAUGCAGGUUGCCACCUCACACAUUCUUCCUAUGCUUCCCUAGACGGUGUUCUCUACUGCAGGCACCAUUUCCAACAGCUUUUCAUGGAGAAAGGGAACUACCAUCAUGUACUCCAAGCUGCUGCAAACAGGAAGAAUGCCACACCGCCUCCUGAACCAGCCGAAGAAGAAGAACCACCAAAGCCAGAGGAAGCUGAACAGGAAGAAACAGAAGAAAAAUCCUGAAUGAAGCAUAGAAAAAAUGAGUUGCUUCCUCCCUUUCUUUCAGGGAUAUACUAUAGAAAGUUCUAUCGUUAGAGUGUUGGCACUUGGCUCACUCUUGUUUGGUUAAAU